UGUGGUCGUUCUGGGUUAUAGGGACAGAGCAGGGUGACACUGUGCCGAGACGGGUGCUGCAGACGUCUCAUACAGACGAGGAGGUCAGGACUGUGACGGCGGCUGCACAGGUCGGCAGGAUGGGCUCCACGUGGGAGGCCGUACAAGAUUUCUACAUCUGGGCCCUGGAAAAUGGAGAUAGCCGCACGGACCCCUGGCUCCUCGUCUACUCGCCGGUCCCUAUCAUUCUGAUCUUUUCAAUCUACCUCGUUCUUGUGGCCCUGGGCCCUAAACUAAUGGGGGAGCGGGAGCCCUUCACGCUGCGCUCUGUCCUUCUGAUCUAUAACCUGGCCCUGGUCGGGCUGUCCAUCUAUAUGUUCUAUGAGUUCUUGGUGACGUCGGUGCAGGCGGGGUACAGCUAUUUCUGCCAGCCGGUGGACUACAGUAACAGUGAGCUGGGCCUGCGGAUGGCGAGGGUCUGCUGGUGGUUCUUCUUCUCCAAGGUGAUUGAACUCCUUGAUACAAUCUUCUUCAUUAUGAGGAAGAAGUUCAAUCAGAUCUCGUUCCUUCACGUUUAUCACCACGCCACAAUGCUCUUCAACUGGUGGGCCGGGGUCAAGUACGUGGCCGGGGGUCAGGCAUUUUUUAUCGGGAUGCUGAAUUCCUUUGUCCAUAUGUUCAUGUACCUGUAUUACGCGCUCGCGGUGCUGGGGCCAUCGGUGCAGAAAUAUCUGUGGUGGAAACGAUACCUGACCGUCCUGCAGCUGACCCAGUUUGCGGCAAUCGCCCUUCACUCCGGAUACAACCUUUUCACCGACUGCCCCUUCCCGGACGGUUUCAAUUUGGCCGUCUUCCUCUACAUCAUCAGCCUCAUCAUCCUCUUCCUCAACUUCUACUACCAGACCUACCUCCGCCGGCCCCACAAGAAGAAGGCGUGAGCCACCAGGGGCCACAGUUUACUGACCUGAAGGUGACAAGUGCCAGGGCCACAAGUCUUCCAAUAACUCAGGGGUCACCUCCAACGUGUUUCUACUCCAUAAACAGUUCGGCUGCAUCAGGGGAUAUUAAUAUAUUAUUGUUUUUAUCUAUUUCCUUGUACAGAACACGGGAGGGGCGGAGCUGGAGACUCCUCCCCCUGAUGACAUCCAUACAUACAAUAAAUGACUUUAUUAGAGGUGAUGUGUGUGAUGUUUACAGUGAUGGGGGGAGUGUAUACAGGACAGGAGACAUUUUAUCACCUCUAUUUUUUGUUAUGUGUAUGGCCCUUUAAGAAUUGGCUGAAUAAUGAACUAAAUUGAUCGAUCAUGUGAUUAUCGUCAUUCCCAUAGUAACAGCGAACUGUCUCCAUUAUUUGUAAUUACGCUAAGCGAGAACAUUGUUAUCUCUGAUAUAGUCUCUUAUAUAAGUGCGGGGGAUCACCCGGGGUCCACGCUGACAUCACCGGAUGCACUUUGACCCCAGUCAUAAAUACGUCUGCACAGUGGCUGAUAAUCCAGUGAAGCAAUAGACAGGGAAACUGACAGCUCAAAGGUUAUACCCUGAGAAAUAUUAACUCUGUAGCUGCCAGAGUGCAGAGCACAUGACCCUAUAUCAGUGUUUCCAAACCAGGGUUACUCCA